CUCCACUCCUCUUGGUGUCUCCAGAGCAAGCCCAGAUAGGGGUCUGUGGAAGUUUGGCUCAAGGAACAAAGCUCAAGUUGACUGGGGUCUCUGGGCAUCAAUUUGCUUCGAGCGGGUGUAGCUCGGUAGCACCUUCAUGGUAACAGCCAUGAUGCAAGCCAUUGCGGCAGCGGGGAAAGCCGAGAAGAGAAAGACGAAACAACAUGGAAAAACCACAGUGCAGCUUCCAGUGGCGAAGCCUUAUAUCUUCGAAGCUGGCGACAAAGUGCUGUAUUGGAGUGAGUCUAAGUCCAGAUGGGUCAACGCAGAGGUUUUGCGCUGCAACUCGAAAGACGGCGCUUUCACGUACGACCUCAACCUCAAAUCCAAAGUCUUGCAAGAGAAGGUGCGGCCAGCGCCAGGGAAGGGCGAGACGUUCGACCCGAGCGCGCUUCCCCCGCCCCAGCUGUCCACCUCCGCGUUCGCGAACUUCAACGCGUUCGGCGCCAGACACUGCAAGAAGCGCGGGAGGGACUCCGACAGCGAGGAGCAGCAGAGGAGGGCGCGGGUUGCGGACGAGGCCGCGGCGGGGCCCAGGAUCGAUUGGAGCAGCCCCCCCCCUCAGCUCCUCGCCCGGGAGUCCUUUGGCGAGGCUUCCGCCUUCAUCGACCAUUUCGUCCGAUAUUUCCUCGGUGCGUGGGAAGAGCACGAUCGCACCAGCAGCCAGGUUUUCUCGGAGCGAGACCUCGCGGCGUUCGGGGGUGGUGCUCUGGUGGAGGCCCGCCACGCCAUCGCGCCACUGCUCUCGCAGCUGGCGCGCGGCGAGAAAUUGGAGCGUGGCGAGACCAGGGGCGCGACGAUCAAGGUGUCCGCAAAGCGUGGCACUUCCGAUGGCUCGCAUGUAGAUGAGGCCGGCGUCCUCGAGCAGCUGGACAGAAUGGCCUCUUGUGCUGCUUUUCGAGACUACGCGGAGGCACAUCGGGCCUACAUGAAGUUGACGCUGGGUCAUAAGGCGUGGAACAACACGUGCGUCACAUUCGUGUCUGCGAAUACCAGUUCUGGCGCCAGGGAGUACAGGAGGAACCGAGACAGCCUGAACACCUACGACGUGGACCCUGUGGCCCAGAAGUAUAUGCAGGCAAUGCGGAAGAUUGUGCACUUCGCACAGAGCAUCAGGCCGAACGACGACCAGUCCAAGAACGUCAUCAUCUGAGUGGCGUCUGCAAGAAAAUGGCCUGAUCGGGAUAUUUUGCUGCGGUCUGGCGCAAGAAACAAAA